AUGGUAAACUUUCAACCCGCCUCUUCACCUAUUCAAACUAAUAAUCUACCAGAAAUUGUUCAACAGUCCAAGAUCCGCAAGAAGGAGGAAUUCCUCCGGGCCUUUGACCCCGUCGUCGUGGGAGGCAGCACCCAAGCCUACAAGGGCUCCCCACCAGAUAUUCAGUCGAAGAUGAGGCGGGUGUUCGAAGUUUGGAGGUCGCGCCAGGUCUUCCGACCACAGAUUAUAGAGGAGCUCGAGCGUGGUCUUGACGAUGCCGACCGUUCACGAUCAAGCAAGAAGCCUCUCGGUCAACUAGGCGGCUCCCUCUUCUCCGGCUCCUCCAUUCCACCCGACCUCAAGCCCGUAGAGCCUCUCGCAACCACUCUCCAGAAAGCAGACCUCGCCGCGAAGCCCCUCGUCACAACCGCAAACCAAGAGUACGACAAACUCACGAACCCAAGCACACCCAUUCCUACGCCGCCCAUGCACGCAGCCGCGCUCGGCCAACUAGUCAAGAAACUCGCCUCGGCAGAGAACGCGGUGGCAGACAGCAUCAAAGCACGACAGGCGCUCGUCUCGGGGCUGGAAAAGCUCCUGGAGACAACUCGCAACAAGCUAGGCGACGACGAGGCGCAGAUGGCAGAUCUCAAGACCCGCAAGGCAGCCAUCGAGAACCGCACGCGCGAGGUCGAAGCCGCCAUCAUGAGCGGUCUUGCAGAGACGAGCAACGGCGGAGGAGCACACUCUGCACAGCCCACCCACGAACGUCCCGAAGUAGAGGGCCUCACACCCCCACCAGUCGAGUCCUUCACGCCCGUUGGCUCUCCCUCUCUGCAGGCACAACCAAACGUCCCCGACGACGUCUUCCCCGAGAUGCCUGCCCACCCUGUCGAGCCUCCCAUGGCCCCCGCACCCAGUGGUACAGACGUCGCCAACACAGAGCCUGCCACCGCGAUCGGCGCGCCCAACACGCUUCCUGGCGCGGACUUGCUGCAUAGCUUGGCGCAUGCAAGACCAGCUGAUGAAAACGGCGUGUACGGGCAGGCUACGUUCAAGAAGAGGAAGAUGAGCCGGAGUGCGGCGGAGGAUGAGUUUGCGGCAUUUGAGGGCGAUACUGCGAUGAAUGGGAUUGAUUCGACGCUGGGAGACUUGAUUUAG